GACUGUUACCAUAGUGGAUUACAGAUGGGUAAAACAUUGAAAAUAGUUUGAUAAAUGCACUUUAUUUAUUUGUAUCACAUGGGAUUUUAGAAAGUGCGCAGCGGAUUGUUUUAUUGGUUUUCCCUGAAACGUCGGGAACAGAACACGGGCAAGUGGAAACUCCUUAUACAUAUCAAGUAUGUGUAUUGAAGACGUGUGGAAUAUUUUACAGAGAAAUUGAACUGUCUAUAAAGAUUUUUAAAAAGACUCGAGUUCGAGUAGGCAACUCUUCGUCAUGGGCGCGUGAGGUGAAGCUACACGGUGCGGUGAUCUACGAGGGACACUCGGGCAAAAUCUAUAGCCUAAACCAUCCUCGGGCUUUUAGGUGUGGUCUGUACAGGGCAGGGGUGAAUACUUGGACCUCUAACUAUGAAAUGAAUCAGUCUUCCAACGUCUUCAUUUAGGCUUUUCCAAAGACACAUCUAGUUAUGGGUUGAGGAGGAUGAGGUGGAGACUGCAGGGAUAGUCUAUGUGGGAGGGAACAUGGAAUGUUUUCUAUUAUAUAAUCUUUGACAAAACUGCUUAUUAGUGGGAGAACAUAACAAGCCAAUUUCCCUGACCCCGUUUUCCCUCCCCUUUUCAUCGGGGGAGACAGAAAACUUUUUGUGACCAUUAAUCAUUUUGGGGAGAAUCGACCUGUUUUCAGACAAAUUGGCUGUUGAAAUGAUAACACAUCUUGACUGAAGUUGACAAGGAGAACACUGGGCUCUAUGGCAAGAGUCACUGGUGUGUAUUAUUUUUUAUUUCACUGAUCUUGUAUUACACAGUAACCCCCUCUGUCUGCCUCUCCACAGGAGAGGGGAAUAUUGAAUUACCAAGAUGGCUAAUGUGCAUUUAUUGUUUCAGAUUUCAACUAUACCUCUCUGUCUCUUUUUUCUCUGCCUUGAUCCGUCUCUCUUUUUUAUUGUUUGAUUUUGGUUGAUCAUUUGGAAUGACACCUGAUGCCCAAGGUCCUGGAUUUCCAUCUUCCAUCAUCCUUCAAGAUGCUGAACCUAAAGACACUAAGCCUUCAGCUAACCACACUCAGUUGUACCCCUUACUUUGUUUUCGCCUUUGCACUGUUCUCUUGGUGAAGCCACCUUUUGUGGACGUAGAACAAUUGCAACCAACCCCAAUCUUGCUUUGAGAUACUGUGAUAUGUAAUCGUCCGAGAAACUGUCGACACAUUGUUGUGUCCCUUGCCGUCUCUGAAUCUCUGAAAGGCUUUUUUGCGUAAAGUGGAAAGGGACAAAAACAAUCCCCAAGUUAAUUUUCCUCCAGCCCCCCUGUCCGUCCUCCCCUCUCCCCCCCACUCAUCAGGGCUGGUGGGGGGGUGGGAUCUGGAGCUCCAGGGUCGUAACGGUGGAGGUGGUGUUACCCUGGAGCCUCCUUGUAGCAAAGCCUCCCAUCAUGGAGACCAGUCCAGAGAGCCCCAACCGGGCCGUGGAGUACCUCCUGGAGCUCAACAACAUCAUCGAGAGCCAGGCCAAGCUCAUGGAGACCCAGCGGCGGCGCAUCGAGGAGCUGGAAGGUCAGCUGGACCGAGUCAGCCAGGAGAACCAGGACCUGAGACUGGAGAAACCCACUCCUCCACGAGCCCCGGCUCCCGAACAGAACCACAGCAACACCAACCACAGAGCAGAGCAGCCCCUCUCCCUGCCCAUCCACCCUGGCAGCAGUAGUGGAGGUAGUGGCAGCACCCCCAGCCCCGUCACCGCCCCACCCCCUGUGGUGGUACCCCCUGCGGGGCCGAGCCGGGAGAGACGUGCCCACACCAGGCUGGCCCGGGGCAUGUCCUGUGGCUCGAACCCAGCCGAGCGGGAGCAGCAGGAGAGACUGGACCACACAGACAGCUCUGACACCAACAGCUCCACCAUCCGCAGAAAUGUCAGGCAGUCACCAUCUUACUCAAGCUAUCCAAUCUCUGCUCCCACAAGCCCUACUGCAGCCAGUCCCUAUGCCACCCUCCUCCCCACCAGUCUGACUGUUAACAGCUUCUUCAGCCUCCAUCAGUACUGCUGCCCCUCCUCGUCUGCCAAACACUCGCAGCAGGCAAGUGUGGAAACAGAGAGCCAGUGUGCGGAGCCUCCCGGGGCCCACUCAGACGGCCCCUACAGCCAGACCACAGCGUACCUGCGUGGCACAGAGCGCUACAGUGACAGCAGCAGUGGUCCUGGUCCUCCAGGCCCUCGGGGGCCUCCGUGCGUGGCCCCUCCCAGCUCGGCAAGCCUUGCCUGGGCACUGCGAACACGCCAUCAGCCUGCCAGCCUGGCCCUCCGCAAGCAGGAGGAGGAGGAGAACAAGAGGUGCAAGGCCAGUCUCUCUGACAGCUAUGAGCUCUCCACAGACCUGCAGGACAAGAAGGUGGAGAUGUUGGAGAGGAAGUAUGGUGGCUCCUUUGUGAGCCGCAGAGCAGCCCGGACCAUCCAGACGGCCUUCCGCCAGUACCGCAUGAACAAGAACUUUGAGCGCCUCCGCAGCUCGGCGUCCGAGAGCCGCAUGACACGACGCAUCAUCCUGUCCAACAUGCGGCUGCAGUACUCGUUUGACGACCGCCAGCCGCAGCAGCAGGGGACCGGAACACAGACAAACUUCACACACAGCGUGGGCAUCGGCCCUCCUCAUUCACCUGACGCAGAGAGGACAGGAGACUACACACACCUGGAGGACUCCUUCACCAAACAGGUGAAGUCCCUGGCUGACUCCAUGGACACCGCCCUGACCUGCCGUAGCGGGCGGGAUGACUCCCAGGAAGACUUUGGGGAGUGUGUGUGGAGCAGCAGCAGUAACCCCUCCUCUCAGAGAGGCCUGUGUGACAGACCCCGGGGAGGGGGAGGGGGCCUUAGCAUGCACGGAGACAGCACAGCCACCUCCUACAGUGAUGUCACUCUAUACAUGGACGACUGCAUGCCCUCCUCGCCCCUCUCACUGGACCGGGCCCCCAGCAGCACAGACACUGAGUACUGGGGCCCUGGGGGAGGCGUGGGGGCCCGUGAGGACAGCAGGGACACUGAGGGAGGGGGUAGCAGUAACAGCCGUCGCAGCACUCCCUGCACAGAGUGUCGAGACUACCGUCUGAGGGGCGCCCACCUGCCCCUGCUCACCAUCGAGCCUCCCAGCGACAGCUCCGUGGACAUGAGCGACCGUUCAGACCGUGGCUCCCUCAGCAGACAGAUCUACGAGCAGGAGCCAGCGGGAGGAGCAGGCUCUCCUCAGGGAACACUCAAACACUCCCCUAACACUCCCCGCUCUGUCUCUACAGCUGCAGCUCAGGGCCAGACCCGCGCCCCCGGCCGGGGCCCCCCCCUGCCCACUCAAAUCCCCCACCACGUGGCACACCACCAUCACCACCACCCUCACCACCACCACCAGUACCCAGACACCCCCUCGUCCUCCUCUUCCCCCCAGCAGCCCCCCACCACCCCCCUGUCCUCCUCCUCCUCUGCUGCGCUGCCCCCUGGUGGCCUGGAGCAGCCCUGUCUAUCUGACGGGGACAACGACUCUCUCAACUCCACCACCAACUCCAACGAGACGGUGAACUGCAGCUCUGGCUCCUCGUCUCAGGACAGCCUGAGGGAGCCCCUACCCCCUCUGGGCAAGCAGACCUACCAGAGAGAGAGUCGACACAGCUGGGACUCACCGCCAUUCAACAAUGACGUGGUGCAAAGACGCCAGUACCGCAUCGGACUCAACCUAUUCAACAAGAAGCCAGAAAAAGGGAUACAGUACCUGAUCGAGAGAGGCUUUGUGUCCGACACUCCGGUCGGGAUCGCUCGCUUCAUCCUGGAGAGGAAGGGCCUGAGCAGACAGAUGAUCGGAGAAUUCCUCGGCAACCGGCAGAAACAGUUCAACAAGGACGUACUGGACUGUGUGGUGGACGAGAUGGACUUCUCAGGUAUGGACCUGGACGAUGCUCUGAGGAAGUUCCAGGCCCAGAUUAGAGUUCAAGGAGAAGCCCAGAAAGUAGAGAGGCUCAUAGAAGCUUUCAGUCAGCGGUACUGUGUGUGUAACCCGACGUUGGUCCGCCAGUUCCAGAACCCAGACACCAUCUUCAUCCUGGCAUUCGCCAUCAUCCUCCUCAACACGGAUAUGUACAGCCCCAACGUCAAGGCAGAGAGGAAGAUGAAGAUAGAGGACUUCAUCAAGAACCUCAGAGGAGUGGACAACGGCCAGGACAUUCCCAGGGAUCUGUUGGUGGGGAUCUACCAGCGCAUCCAGAAGUGGGAGCUAAGGACCAACGAUGACCACGUGUCCCAAGUGCAGGCGGUAGAGAGAGUCAUAGUAGGCAAAAAGCCUGUGAUGUCUCUGCCACACCGCAGGCUGGUAUGCUGCUGUCAGCUCUAUGAGGUGCCUGACCCCAACCGACCCCAGAGGACAGGAGUUCACCAACGGGAGGUCUUCCUGUUCAACGACCUGCUGGUGGUGACUAAGAUUUUCCAGAAGAAGAAGACUUCUGUGACGUACAGUUUCAGACAGUCCUUCCCUCUGGUGGAGAUGCAAGUCCACAUGUUCCAGAACUCAUACUACCCCCACGGUAUCCGUCUGACCUCAGCAGUGUUGGGUGGAGAGAGGAAGGUCCUUAUCGUGUUUAUGGCUCCCAGCCAGCAGGACCGCACCCGCUUUGUCAGUGACCUUAAAGAGAGUAUCGCUGAGGUGCAGGAGAUGGAGAAGUACAGAGUGGAGUCCGAGUUGGAGAAGCAGAAAGGCGUGAUGCGGACUGGCCUGCUGACCGGCUUGGUCGGAGGUGGAGUGGGUGUGAAGGGUGAGGUGGCGAACGGCACCCUGGGAAGGCCCAGUCUAGAUGACAACUACUCUGCGGGAGAGGGACUCAAACGCUCUGCGCUCAGCUCAUCUCUCCGAGACCUAUCAGAUGGAGGGAAACGUGGUCGCAGAAACAGUGUUGGCUCCCUCGACAGUACCAUGGAAGGUUCCAUCAUUAGCAGCCCCCAGCCGCACCAGCGUUACCCGGUUCCGGGCGUGGUCCCAGGCUGCUACCCUACAGAAGACUACCGGCCGCAUCGCCCCAUCCUGAGCCCCGGAACGGGGGUGGGGGGUGGGCCGGGGCAACAACACACCACUGCUGGGACGGGAGUUGGGGGGGUUCCCAGCAGUGUAGAGAGAGCGGGGGUGGGGAGCGGCCCUGGGGGGGGCAAUACGGGCUCCUUCCUGGGCUCUCUAUUCGGCAGCAAACGCGUCAAGCCGCCAAGUCCCCUUAUACCACCGGGGCCACCCUACCCCGCCCCUGUCCCCCCACCCACUACGGGAGGGCCCCCUCCUCACUCCCCAUCAUCUCUGUGCCAGUCGGAGGGGGGCCCUUCCAAGAUCCAGGCCCUGCAUGCUCAGUACUGCCACACGGCCGCUGUGCAGCCCCCUCCUCCCUACUACCAUCACCAUCGCUACCACGUCCAAGCUGGCCCUCCUCCCUUGCCAGGCGGGGGCGUGCCCCCUCAUAUCCUUCAGAGAGGGCCGUUCCCCUGUCGCCCUCCUAUUGGCCCCCCUCACACCCAGCUCCAGCAGCUGGCCCAUCUCUCCCAGCUUUCCCAGCAUGGCAUGCAGGGUCGCUACAGCAACAUGGUGGUGGGCUGUCCUCCCCCCCUUUCUCCUCACUCCCAACAUUCUCAGAACCCCCAGUUCACCAUGUACCACACACAGCCCACACACUCUAUCAGGGCGGGCGCCAUGCCAGGCAAACCUCCUCUGACUUUGUCUCACUCCCACCCGCACCCCCACGCACACUCCCACACCCACCCCGGGCACCCCCUCAGUGCCGCGCCGCACCGCCCCCACCCACAUCAAUCUCGCUUCAUCUUUGGCACGCUGCCCCACCAACAUCAGCAUCAGCAGCCGUCCGCUUCCGUCAACACCCAUCACGCUGUGCCCGCCGCCCAGUAUCAGCCCCUGUACCCUCCUCUCUCUUCUAUCCCCCUCCCCCACCCCACUCCCCUUUACCCCCCUUCUACCCCCCUUAUCCCCCUUAUGCCUCUUUGCCCUCACCCCCCGCACCCCGGUCAGCCUCAGCAGGGGCCCCAGGUGACGGGACCUGGGGCGACUGGCACAGGGGGCAGCUCCAAAUCCAAACCUAUCAACCGGAUCAGCACGGUGGUGUGAGCAGCAGAACGUGGGGCCACAGAAGGCAGAGGUCAGAGGGCAGGAUGGAGGAAGGGGGCAGAGCUAGGGACAGGGAUAGAGCCAGGGCUUGUAGAGGUG